GUUUACUUUAUUUAGCUUUUUUUAAAUACAGUUUUAUAAGUUAGAACAUUAGUACCUUCCGUACCUUACCAUGUCUGCUAAGAACGAGGAAAAGAAAAACCAAAAAAAGGUUUAUUCUGAAAAAAAUUUGGACUAUAAACAAAAAAGUCUUUGGCUGUUUGUCAUUGUGGGAGUGUUGGUGGUGACAGUAAUUCUUAUUUUUUUUUUAUUCCGAACAAAACGAGAAUUAGACGAACUAAAGAGGCGUUUUAAAGAAGCAAAAACUAUAUCAAAUAAAGUGUCAACAAUAUUACCGGAUAAUAGUUCUUUUCAUACCAAAUCUGUUGUGCAUGAAAACUAUUCCAGUCUGGUGUUGAAGAACUCAUCUGUAAAUAACUCUGUUCACAGUGGAAAUGAGCCUUACUAUAACAUUCGACUUCCCUCCUCCAUUAAACCAUAUUUUUAUAAUAUCUACCUGGAUGUCAAUUUAACAACUGAUAUUGUUCUAGGAUCAUGUGAUAUUCAUGUAGAGGUUUAUACACCCACAAAGUAUGUCAUUGUUCAUGCAUUUCACUUUGAAAAAAUAAAUGCAGACAUUUUAUUUGAAGGCAAUACUAUUGCUUCAAAAUCACAGUUUUUCUACCCAGAGAACCAGUACUAUGUUGUUAAGCUUGACAAACUACUUGAUACAGGGAAAUAUAUAUUAAAAUAUCGAUUUUUAUACAAGCUCAAGAAUGAUCUGCAAGGAUUUUAUAAGGCAUCAUACAGAAACAAUGCAGGAAAGGAAAGGUUUUUAGCAUCUACCCAGUUUGCACCUGUUGAAGCCCGCACUGCUUUUCCGUGUUUUGAUGAACCUUCCAUGAAGGCACAAUUUAAGCUAACCUUAAAUCAUGAUAGUCAACUUAUUUCAGUAUCUAAUAUGCCUAUUGAGAGUUCAGAAACGAAAAAUGGAAAAACAAAAAACACUUUUAAAACAUCAUCAAUUAUGUCAACUUAUCUUGUUGCUUUUGUUGUAUGUGAUUUCAAAAUGAAAUCUGCAUACACUGGUAUAUCUGGAAAUAUCAAGAUGGAAUUUUAUGCACCUGAAACGCAGAUUGACCAGCUUGAUUUUGCAUUGAAAGUUGGUGAAGAAAUUCUUCCUUUUUUUGAAGCCUAUUACAAUGUUUCAUACCCUCUUCCAAAAGUUGAUAUGGUUGCAGUUCCAGAUUUUGCUGCUGGAGCAAUGGAAAAUUGGGGUCUAAUAACUUAUCGAUUAGAGUAUAUGCUCUUCAAUCCAAAUGAGUCUGCAAUUUUAAAUAAAAAGUAUAUAGCCACUACAGUAUCACAUGAACUUGCUCAUAUGUGGUUUGGAAAUAUUGUAACAAUGGAUUGGUGGUCAGAUCUUUGGCUCAAUGAAGGUUUUGCUACAUUUGUGUCAUAUCUAGGAAUAGAAAAAAUAUUUCCUAGUUGGAACAUUGCUGAUGAUCAAGUAGUUAGUGAUGGAGCAGUUGCUCUAAAGUUAGAUGCUCUUGAAUCAUCACAUCCAAUCCACGUUGAUGUAACUCAUCCAAAUGAAAUUUCAGAAAUAUUUGAUGUAAUAUCUUAUAAAAAGGGAAGCUAUAUAUUAAGAAUGUUAGAUGGGUUUCUUGGGAAUGAUGUUUUUCUUAAAGGAUUGCAUAACUACUUGCAUAUGUAUUCUUUUGGUAAUGCAAAAACCCAACAUCUUUGGAAUGUGUUGACAGAGGCUGCUGGUGGAAAGUAUAAUGUAUCAAAAAUUAUGGAUACAUGGACACUUCAAAUGGGCUUUCCAGUAGUCACAGUUUCAUCAAUCUCUGAUAAAAGUUUUGAAUUAACUCAAAGUCGGUUUUAUUCAUAUAACAGUACCCAACAUUCAACAUUCUCUUCAAAGUUUAACUAUAAAUGGAUGAUUCCAUUUCAUUACACCACUUAUAAAAAACUGUCAUCAGGGUGGACACAAGUUGGAUCAAUCAAUAUGACAUGGAUGGAGAUGACAGACAAAACUCUCUCGGUAAGUCAAGGUUUAAUGAUCAAAGGAAACUCUCACCAAAAAGGUUUUUACAGGGUCAACUAUGAUAGAAUGGGUUGGGAAAAAAUAAUAGAAAUCCUCAAAGAAAAUCAUACUGUUUUUGAUGUUAAAGAUCGAGCAGGAUUGAUUUCUGAUGUUUUCGCAUUUGCUGACUCUGGCUGUCUUAAUUAUUGGACAGCAUUGGAUUUAAUUGAUUACAUCGAUAAAGAUAAUGAUUAUUUACCUUGGGCAGCACUUGACGAAGCCACAUUAACAUUGAGAAAACUCUUGUCAUUCAAUGAACAGAUAUCCAAGCGCUUUAAGGAUUUUCUUUUAAAGAAAACAUCACCUUUGUUCGAAAAAUAUGGUUUUAGAAAAGAAGAGAACUUUAAUAAAAGAAAUUUACAAGUUUUAAUUGUAAGUUUAGCCUGUGAGAGUGGCCAUCCUGCAUGUCUGAAAAAUGCUUCUAUGUUAUUCAAUAUGUGGAUGAACCAGCCAAAUCAAAAUCCAAUUUCUCCAGAUUUUCGUGAUACAGUUUAUUACUAUGGUGUUCAAAACGGUUAUGAAAAAGAGUGGAAUUUUUUGUAUGAUCGCUACUUACAUACAAAUACUCCUUCUGAAACUUCCAAACUUUUACAUGGGAUGGCUGGAUCAAAGCAACUUUGGUUGAUUGAUAGAUAUCUGCUUAAAUCAUUAAAUAAUACAAUUGUAAAAGAUCAAGAUUUUGGAUAUGUAAUAAACUAUGUGGCGAACAGUAAUGCUGUUGGUCAGUAUCUUUCUUUUUCUUUUAUCAAAGAGCAUUGGUCAUUUCUUUAUAAUAGACAUAUGAGGUCGCAUUUCACGCUAAAAGAAGUUUUUGAAGGUAUUUUUUCUGGGUUUUCAACUGAACACGAGUUACAAAAGUUCCAAGCCUUUGUGAGCAGUAUAGAAAACCUUGGCUCACUGAAAAGAGUAAUGGAGCAACUUUUAGAAAAAAUACGCGCUAACAUAGAAUGGAGAAAAUAUAACGAAAUACUUAUCUACGAAUGGUUAUUGCGAAAAAAUUAUUAGCUCCUAGAUUGACAAUUUAUUGUAAAUGUAAAUUUGAUAAUUAAAAAGUAAUGAAGUAGAAAUUGCUAAUUAAAAUAAUAUGAUGUGUGUAAUAUAUCUUUAGUGUGCGUAUGUAAAUAUUUAUAUUUAAAAUGAUAGUAUAAAUAAAAUAUUUAAAAUAUUACGAUUUUUGAAAUUUAUUUUGAUGACAUUUUGAUUUUUUUUU